GCGGCGUUUCGAAAUCUUUUCCCGAUGGAGUGCGAGCGAAACGAUCAAGUGGUGGAUUGGAUAAGCAGAGAGUAUCGGAAGACGACGACGACGGGAGAUGAUGACACCUGGCGGAAGCGGGAGGUUGAGACCGUUACCGACGGCGAUGUACGCCGGAUAUUCAGGAACGGCGUCGUCUUGGGUAGCGAAGACUUCAGUUUCUGCGUCAGGGAAGAGGAUACAGAGGGAGAUGGCUGAGCUUAACAUUGAUCCACCUCCUGAUUGCUCAGCUGGUCCAAAAGGAGAUAAUCUCUACCAUUGGAUCGCCACCAUCAUUGGUCCUUCGGGAACUCCCUAUGAAGGAGGGAUCUUUUUCCUGGAUAUAAUUUUCCCAUCUGAUUAUCCAUUCAAGCCACCUAAGUUGGUGUUCAAGACUCGGAUUUACCAUUGCAAUGUUGAUACUGCGGGAGAUUUAAGUGUGAACAUUCUAAGAGAUAGUUGGAGUCCAGCCCUUACAAUCACUAAAGUCUUACAAGCCAUCAGAUCUAUCUUCUUAAAACCUGAACCCUAUAGUCCAGCUUUACCGGUGAUUGCACGGCUCUACUUGACAGAUAGAGAAAAGCAUGACGAGGUAGCCAAAGAAUGGACAUUGCGAUUUGCCAAGUGAGAUCUUCAAUACGAGGAAAAGACAACUGAUGUAUUAUAAAUACACCUAGUUCUUUGGUUAGUUAAUGGUCAUCAAUGUACAUUCAUAAAAGUGGAACCACAAUGUUAGAUGGCCAAGAAAAUUGUUUGCUCAGAUAAUAGGCAACAAUGUGAGGUAGGACCAAUCCUCAACAACUCCAAUUUAUUGAAGGUUAUACAAUUUAGUGUCAAAUCUUUUCGUCAAGGACUCGAAAACCAAAGAUCAUAUAUGGUCUGAAUAUAACUGAGGAAUUGUUUCUUUUAUAAGAAAACAAGAGCAUUUUGUUUUGAAACAAGAAUAGUAGGCCAUAACUU